AGUAUAGUACUAUACUUAAAUUUAUUCACAGAUAUUUCACAUGUUUGCAACAGCCAAUGCUUUGAACGCCCUCUAUGAAAAGAAAAAAAAACAUGCACCGCCUCUUCAAGAAUAAUGUCUGGUGGAUAGCAGCUAGUAAACAUGAGGCAGGUGGAUGUUGUCCCCCCAGUUGUGGACGAUGGGUUCAUGGCUGUAGACAGCAGAGCAAGUGUUCUUACACUUGAUGGACGAGCAAGUGUGAUUGCUAAAGACUGUAGUUUACCAGUUAGUGAUGUUACUUCCAAGUACAUUUGUCCAUGGACAUCCAGAAUUCCAGCGGUUCUUUGCAGAAGACAUCGCAUAGCCUGGGACCUUUGCGGACUUGUAAUUAUCCUUUUUUUAUGCUUGUUACUCAUUCUCAUACUUUGUUUUUUACACCCUUGCUUGUUUCACAGUUUUAAGUUAGGAGAGGAGAGUGGGAAGAGUAAAAUGUGUGUGACAGCUGACUGCGUCCAAACAGCUGCGUCCCUACUGGCAGCUAUGGAUACUCAAGCCGAUCCAUGUGAUGAUUUCUUUCAGUAUGCUUGUGGAACAUGGAACAAGAAACAUAUAAUACCUGAAGAUAGGUCGAGUGUUUCAACCUUCGAGGUGUUGGCUGAUCAGCUGCAAAUACUGUUGAAAGGGCUUCUUGAACAACCGAUUGAAGAGAAAGACCUAAAUAUGACAAAGCAAGUCAAGAAGUUUUACCAGUCAUGUAUUAACAAUCAGCUUAUUGAGAAAAUCGGAGACAAGCCAUUAAGAGACGCUGUAUCCGAGCUAGGAGGUUGGCCAGUAACUAUGUCUGACUGGAAGGAACCUCCUUCAAUGGAGAAGGUUCUGGGAGAAGUAAGAAAACUUGUAAACUCUGGAUUCCUGAUUGAUGCCUGGGUUGGACCUGAUGAUAGGAAUAGUGAUCAAUAUAUUCUCCAGAUAGAUCAACCACACCUGGGGCUUCCUAGCAGGGAAUAUUACUUGUCAGAUAGAUCUAAACAUGAUCUUAAUGCAUAUCAUAACUACAUGACAAAGGUUGCCAUAAUUCUGGGUGCUCCUGUGUCUCUUGCCAGUCAAGAGAUGUGGGAAGUUAUUGAAUUUGAGAAACUGUUGGCAAAUAUAUCUCUUGAUGAAGCAGAUAGACAUGAUACUGGACAGUGGUAUAACAAGAUAAGUGUCGGAGAGCUGACAUCAAGGAUCCCUCAAAUUAAUUGGAAAGUUUACUUCUUCAACAUCUUGGGCAGAGAUAUCGAUGACAGUUUGGAGUUGGUGAGCUAUGCUCAGCCGUAUCUGGAGAAGCUAGGAGUCCUCCUUAAAUCUGAGGAUAAGAGAGUUGUUUACAACUAUAUACUGUGGAGGGUUGUAAUGGAUCUGAUGCCGUAUCUACCUCCUGAUUACCAGAUGCCAAGGGUAGAGUUUAGAAAAGUUCUUCUAGGGGUUCUUGCAGAGAGAAAUAGAUGGAGCAUGUGUGUUGAGUGGGUUAAUAAAAAGAUGGGUAUGGCUGUCGGGUCUCUCUUUGUUAAAGAUCAUUUUAACCAUGAGAGUAAAGCUGUUGCUCUAGAGAUGAUUCAUGGGAUCAGAGAAGCGUAUAAUGAAUUACUCUCUGAAAACCAUUGGAUGGACGAAGAAACCAGAGCUGUUGCAAGGGACAAGGCGAACUCGAUGAAUGAAAGGAUUGGGUAUCCUGAUUAUAUUCUUAAUGAGACAGCUCUUCUGGAAGAAUAUGUUUAUAUCUCGCUCUCCAACGAUUCCUUUCUUGAUAAUAUUUUGAACAUGAUGAAGAUGGAGUCUCUGAAGAAUUUAGGAAAACUGGGAAAACCAGUGAACAAGGAAAAGUUAUGUCUCAAUUAA